AUGUCUUUAUCAGAGGUCUGCAGCGCUAAUCCUCUUAAAGUCCAGUCAACAGAGGCGGAGCAAACUGCGUUUCUCGAUCGUUUACUGACGGAGACGUUUGUGGCGAGAGUGCAUGGCCGACGGACUUUACCGCAAUGUUUAUAUGUCGUGUUUUCUGUAGAGUUGCUGUGUGAGCGGUGCGCCAGAGAGGGAGCAGAUGCGGCUCUUACCAUGACUGGUCCCGGGAAGCAGUGCUUUCAGGCGGCGUUGAUCUUCCUGACUUUCGCCCAGCUGACUGCAGGUUUGAAGUGUGUGUGCCAGCUGUGUACCAACCACACCUGUGAGACAGCUGCAGACGGGGCCUGCUGGAACUCUGUGAUGCUGAUUGACGGCAAAGAGGAGACAGUGAAGUCCUGCCUGUCUCCCUCUGAGAUGAAGGGCCAGGUCUUCUGCUACAGCUCCAGAAAUGUCUCCAAGAGGAACUGUUGCUUUACUGACUUCUGCAACAACGAGACUCUGCACCUUUACCCAGUGAGACCGUCUGAAGAACCUGGCUGGAGCAGGCUGCAGCUCAUUGUGGUGAUCCUGGUGCCCUCCUGCCUGCUGUGUGUAGGGAUCCUGCUGGGUGUGUUCGUUGUGCAGGGCCACCGUUGUGCCUACAGGCGAGCCCACAAGCAGGACCCGGAGGAGCCUCUGGAUGAUCAGAUGCUAAUGUCACCUGACAAAAGCCUCAAAGAUCUGAUCUAUGACAUGAGCACCUCAGGUUCAGGAUCAGGACUGCCACUGCUGGUCCAGCGAACCAUAGCUCGAACCAUUGUCCUGCAGGAGACCAUUGGAAAAGGUCGAUAUGGUGAGGUGUGGCGGGGCAAGUGGAGGGGAGAGGACGUGGCAGUUAAGAUCUUCUCUUCCAGGGAUGAGCGAUCGUGGUUCCGUGAAGCUGAGAUCUAUCAGACUGUCAUGCUCAGGCACGAAAACAUCCUGGGCUUUAUUGCUGCUGAUAACAAAGAUAACGGCUCAUGGACUCAGCUCUGGUUGGUGUCAGAGUACCAUGAGCAUGGCUCCCUGUAUGAUUACCUGAAUAGGCACACCGUCUCAGUGGAAGGCAUGAUUAUUCUUGCUCUGUCCAUAGCCAGUGGGCUGGCACAUCUCCACAUGGAAAUCAUUGGCACACAGGGGAAGCCUGCCAUUGCUCACAGAGACCUAAAGUCUAAAAAUGUCUUAGUGAAGAAGAAUGGGACAGCGGUGAUUGCAGAUUUGGGUUUGGCCGUGAAACUCGACUCCAGCACAAACACCAUAGACAUACCAUCCAACCACAGAGUGGGAACUAAGAGGUACAUGGCUCCAGAAAUCCUGGAUGAGACAAUCAAUAUAAACACCUUUGAAUCAUUCAAGCGGGCAGAUAUCUAUUCAUUAGGCCUGGUGUUCUGGGAACUGGCCAGAAGAUGCUCCGAUAGGGGACUUCAUGAGGAUUUCCAGCUGCCUUAUUAUGACAUGGUGCCUUCAGAUCCAUCUAUUGAGGACAUGAGGAAGGUAGUCUGUGAUCAGAAACUCAGACCCAGCAUACCCAAUCAGUGGCAGAGCUGUGAGGCUCUGCGUGUGAUGGGCAAGCUGAUGAGAGAGUGCUGGUACGCCAAUUCUUCGGCGCGACUGACUGCUCUGCGUGUCAAGAAAACCUUGUCUCAGCUAUCUGCCAUCAAGGACAUCAAAGAGUAGUUCGAUUUGUUGCCCUGCAGAUCAGCACCGGUGCUGGCGCUGGUGUAAAAUAAUGGACCAGGUGCAAAUCUCUCUCACUGCCCGAAGCUGCCCAGUUUAGGAUGCAACCACACCAUCGGACAGCUUCAUCGUUUCGUCGCUGGUGCCAACGUAUUGUAGGCGUCGUCUUUGAAAGCUUUGCACUUAGACACCUUGUGAAGCAACAUUUUAACCAAACAGCUAAACCUUUUUUUGUAGGAAGAGCCAUUUGAAAUAAGUAGUGUUUAAUGUAUAAAUAGAUUAUUUUGCUACCUCAGUAUCAUAAGUGCCCAAAGCUUGAAGUUGCACAUUGUUAUUUGUGCCAUAUCUUGUAGCCAAUACAGUAUUACUGGGUAGAUAGUGUGCUAGAUGACAAUCAUGAAGGAUAUUGGGUUUAAAAAAAAAAAAAAAAAAA